AUGCAGAGCACGGCGAGUCUCCAGCACAGCGGCGAGAGCCACGCUGCGCUCGAGCAGAUCCACUACUACCUAGAUGGCAUCGAAGAAGGUCAAGGUCCAUCUCGCUCCAUGAGUGCGUUGCAGCUUGCCGAAGUUUGCGCUUUAAAGUCGCCAGGACCACCCCAUCUGGCAUCACCAAUUCCAACAAUGUCAACGAACGGGCGCCUCCUGCUGCGAGCCAAAGGGGGCCUUGCUCAAUGCAUGGACCUGGUUGAAAGACUCAAGGUAGAGCACGCAGCCCACGCGUACGAGCAUAUCUACUGCAUGAUGACGCUGCUGUAUUUCGUCACGCUGGACUCGGAGAAUUGCAAAAGCUUGACAAGUGACGUGUUGUCAAAGGUUCUCAAGGUGUUAGAGCUCACCAGCGAUACGCCAUGGAAGUACAACCAUGCAACUGUUGUCGUUGUGACCCGAGAUGGCGACGCUUCCAAUAAACGAGCCUUACUGCGGAAGAAAUCGUCCACUCGGCGAUUGGGUGAUGCCAAACGGGGCGUAUCUCUCGUUGCGCAGGCAGAAACGCUCUUGCGCUCAGACGACAUGUUUCGCUCGACCGACGUGAUGCCCAUCGUGACCUUGACAGACGUUGUUCUGGGCGUGCUCAAUAAUGCAUUUCACACCGACCAGAAGAACGAGUAUGGCAAUUCAAACAAUAAGACCAUCCAUUCAACGCCCUGCGCGUCCAAAAGCCUCGCGACUGCCGCCCUCCUUCACGACCGCAAAAUGUUACUUCGUGACUGCGGCGGCUUGGACACAAUCGCACGCAUCAUUGAUGUGGCGUCAGCCGCGUCGGUCGUUGAACGUGGAGCGGCGUCCCAUCUCUUCCAUUCAAUGCGGCUACUGGAACAAGCGUCGUUUCUCGAGCGCGGCAUUCAGGAUCACUUGGUGCUUCAUACGAACGUCCUCUCCGUGCUGCUUCGAAUCUUGUCUUCGUCCCGCCAUGACACGCGAGAGUUGACGUUAAUGGCACUCCGCGUGUUGAUCAAUCUCACCCACAAGAACGACAUCGCAUCCACUCACAUAGCCGCCGCCCAUGGCACGCACGCGCUCCUCGCUCUUUUUCUCCAUGCCUCUUCGUCCACAUCGUCCCAGGAAACCGAGGAACCAUCCAUGCUCGACAACGACAAAGCUGGCUUUGACAUGUGCCUGCUGGCGCUGGGUGCGCUGAUCAAUUGCGUCGAGCACAACGAAACAAAUCGGGAUGAUGUGGCGCGAUACAACGACUCGAUCUUGGACAUGUUGACGGCGUACUUUGUCACGCGGGUCUCUACGUUUGAGCACAUCCUGCUGCGCCCGAACGCCGAUGUGAUUGCGACAUGGCAUCCUGAAGACGUCAUCUUGAGCGGGUCCAUGGCAAUGCUGCUCGGUUGUGUCAUGCGCAAGCGUAGCUCGAACGCGCAUCGAAUAUUGGCAGCGCUUCCCGACCAGUCGCCGCACCUCCUUUUGCGUGUCCUUGUGGCGUUUGUGGGGCUGCAUGCCCAGAUCGGCGCCUUGUCCGAGGAGAUCCUUGAGUCGUGCAUCGAUGUCGAGACUGAACUCAAGGCCCUCAUGGACCACGGCGAAGGCCAGACGGAGAACACGCCGUCCUUGACCUUAACGUUCAAAGCAGACGACAUUCGAAAGUCUAUGGCGAACUUUGGCAUCCCCGUUGCGCUGACAAAGAAAAAUCCAUCGCCCCAAGAAGGCUACAACUCGCAACUGAGCAUCGACGCCCCUGUCGAAUUCACGACCCCGAAAUAUCCAUCCACAUUCCGUGGGGGCAAUACUCCCCCCGCAUCGGCCUUUCACUUCUCAGGUGGCUUCUCCAAUGUGUCGACCCCAGACUCAGCAGAGUCGUCGGCCAGACGGACGACCCCCAAAGUCGCACUGCGCAAGCGCACGAGUCGGACCCUGGGAGUCUACACGCCGCAAGACAGCGUCGACUCCAAACGGGCCAAGGGUGCUGCAUUCAUCUGGGCUGACGAAACCGCAUCGGACGACGGGACCAACGGGUCUUCCGCAGCAAUGUCCUCUUCCAUCAAGCGAAAAGCCAAGUCGCCAUUGUCGUCGAACGGACGAAGCACCCCAACGGUCUUGAAGGGUUGGCAGCCCGCGCCAAGCCCCACCACAGAUGGAGCUACGAGAGCUACGUUCAAGAGCUCAGUCCAACCAACGUUUUCGAGGAAGAAAGCCGCUCAACCCAAUCCAAAUGGAUCGUACACGCCCGCCACUAGACCUGUUGACCCACGUGCAGUCGCCAAGACUGACGAAUACAUGAAUUCGGCCGUUGGCCGGCCAAGUUUUUCCAAGCGACAUACCACCCAACAGCAUUUAUUGACCGCCCCAACAUUAGCCAACGUGUCGAGCACUUCAAGACCCACAUCGGCCCCAGUCGCUAUCAAGAGUACUGCGGAGCAGAGCGGCCUGGACGAUUUGUGCACGCCACCAAACAGUGCGGCGUCGGCCAACCUCACGAGCAAGCAAGGGCAACCUCCGCCGGUGCAAAACGAACCAGGUCACCUCCCGCAGCAAACCACAACCUAG